GAUCAGCCAAUCACGUCGCUCCAUCCCGGACAGGAAGCUGCGGUGUUUACAUUUUCCAAGAUGGCGGCGGGGAUGUAUUUGGAGCAUUAUUUGGACAGCAUAGAAAACCUCCCGUUUGAGCUGCAGAGAAACUUCAACCUGAUGAGGGACCUAGAUCAACGCACAGAGGAUCUCAAAGGACAGAUAGACUCUCUGGCCAAGGAAUACACAGCCAAUGCUCGGACUCUUUCCUCUGAGCAAAAGCUGUCCAUACUGAGGCAGAUUCAACAGUCUUACAGUAAAUGCAAGGAGUUCGGAGAUGAUAAGGUGCAACUGGCCAUGCAGACGUAUGAAAUGGUUGACAAACACAUCAGACGCCUUGACACAGAUCUGGCGCGGUUUGAGGCUGACCUGAAGGAAAAGCAGAUUGAGAGCACAGACUAUGAUUCCACCUCCAGUAAGGGGAAAAAAGUUUGUGUCAAUCCAGGUGAGACAAGACAGAAGGAAAAGAAGAUGGCUAAGACAAGGUCUAAAGUGAAGAGUUCAGAUGAAGACAGUAGUCCCAAGACUGCACAGAAGAAAGUCAAACUCCUUCAGCCAGGGGAAUUCAACAGCCCUGCCUCCAACUUCGGGAAUGUGCAUCCAUCUGAUGUGCUGGACAUGCCGGUGGACCCCAAUGAGCCCACCUACUGUCUGUGCCAUCAGGUCUCUUAUGGCGAGAUGAUUGGCUGUGACAACACUGAUUGCUCCAUCGAAUGGUUCCAUUUUGCAUGUGUGGGCCUGACAACCAAACCAAGAGGAAAAUGGUAUUGUCCAAGAUGCUCCCAAGACAGAAAGAGAAAAUAAAAACACUUCGCUGUCCUGAAACAAAGGUGUGGACACGAAUCAGAUGGAAAUUGAGAAGAGCAUUUCUUCAUUACUUACUCAGACUUCUUCUUUCUCAUAUUCUUUAACAUUUGGUGCUUUUUCUUUUGGUUUACAGUGUGUAAUUUGCCUUGGUCUGAUGCAGUUUGUGAAGGAGCCAAGUGGUUACAAUGAUAUUUAAAUAUUUUUUUGUAACUGUUCAAAAAUAAUUCUGAAUUUGUUUUUUUUGUUUGUGUUACUUUUGGUGCUCUUAUUGUGUAUUUUAUUUUUAAAUUUUUCUUUUAUGAGUGAAAAAUGAACACUACAAAUGCCCCUGAUGGUUUAUCAGUUUCCAUGAUACUCUAUACUGUAUUUACAUGUAUGACUACAAAAUUUAGGGUAUUUUCUCUGAGAAUGGUUUGGCGGCCAUGGAUUUUUUUUUUUCUUUGCUUUGUUGUAUGGUUAGUUUUUUAUGCUUAGCCUUGGGAAAGUAGUAUUACUUUUUGAAGUGUAACAAGCAGGCAAUGGAAAAUGAAGACAAAUGCUGCAUCCUGACAGUAUUAGUCAUCUGUGGUAGUGAGUUUAAUCAUUUCAUUUCUAACAUUUGAUGAGUGCCGUAUAGAAAGAAACAUAUUUCGUGUAAAGUAUUGUCAUUUGUAGCUGAAACAUUGGUACAGGGCCGAGAGGGUGAUUGUGUUCUCAAUCAUUUGAAUACAGCUACUACCUCAAAAAACCCUGCC